GGAGAAUAGUGUCUAUUUUAUUGUUUGUGACCAACAACAUCAUCCUUUCACCGCCCCACGCAAUUUAUUUGCACAAAAGCGACAUCUACCUGUCAGCUCUGGAGACAAAUAUUGCAUGCGAUCUUUUCUAAUACCUGCGAACGAUCCAAGAAUAGUUAGGAUGACAUGCACUAAGUGCAAAAAAGUUGUUAAUGAUUCGGAUCGUAUCACUUGUCGUGGAUACUGCGGAAACUCAUUUCAUAUGAUUUGCGCCAAAGUAGAUUACGGCCUUCGUGAGAUUUUGGGUACAUACGAUAGAAAUAUUCUUUGGAUGUGCGAUGGCUGCGCGGACCUUUUUUCGAACGAACAUUUUCGGAAUAUGACGUCCCGGUGCAAUGAUGAAAAUAUGCCAGAUAUACCGUCCAUCAAGUUGCUUCAAGAUUAUAUUGCUGGAUUGAACUCACAGUAACAUCAUUCUACCCACGGUUAAACCAUACUGAUUCAUCAGAUUACGAGCGAACCCCAAGUGACGGCCUCUUGAUGUACUACCAGAACGUUCGUGGCCAAAGGACAAAGAUAGACGAUUUGGUUUUGACAGCCGUUGAUUCCAACUACGAUGUUAUAGUCCUCCCCGAAACCUGGCUUGAUGAACGAAUUUAUUCAUCUCAAUUGUUUGGGAGUGCGUUUACUGUUUUUCGUAACGACCGCAAUCAUCUAAAUAGUUCCAAAUCAUGUGGAGGUGGGGUUUUGAUUGCAGUUUCUAACCGUCUUAGUUGCUGUCGCGACCCUACUUCGGUUUGUCUAUCUCUCGAGAAGAUUUGGGUGAAAAUUACGACACCAAACAGAUAUUUAAGUGUUAGGGUAAUAUACCUGCCUCCUGACCGGAAAUUGGAUUCCAUCAGUAUCAACAGUCACAUCAGUUCGAUUGGUAAUGUACUGCCACAACUAGAACAGAACGACUUGGCUCUGCUUCUUGGUGAUUACAUUCAGUCUGGGCUGAUUUGGAACGUCACUGCAAAUGAUCAUCCCACCAUCGAUGUUCUGCAUUCGAACAUUCCGGCUUCCUGUAGUACACUUCUGGAUGGUUUCAGUCUCCAUAAUAUAACACAAAUCAACAAAAUUAUGAACAUUAACUCCUUGACUUUGUGCUUGUGAAUGAAGCUGCAAUCCCGGAAUGUUCUGUUAUUGGAGCUUCAGAGCCCUUAAUCGGUAUUGAUAAUCACCAUCCUGCAUUGGAAAUCGCUAUUUUGUUAUCGAUGCCCGUUCGCUUCGACAAUACCGCUGAUGUGCAUGAGCCGAUUUUGUUGCAUUGAGCCAUUCACUCGCCUAGGAGAAUUGGCAGUUCCUGGAUUCCUGCUUGUCGAUAUAUGAAGCCGUUAACCACUUCAAGGAGGUCGUGGGCCGAGCAAUAUCUGAUUGUGUGCCGUUGAGCAGACCUACUCCAAAGCCUGCUUGGUCCAAUACUCGACUACAUCAUCUGAAACGACUGAGAUCGAAGGCGCUCCGCAAGUACUGUCGCACCCGUAAUUCAAUCGACAAACGUUUAAUUUCAGUAGCCAGCAAGGAAUAUCGAACGUACAACCGUCUCCUUUAUGAAAAGUAUACAAGGCGUAUACAAGAUAAUCUACGGCGCAACCCAAAGCAGUUCUGGUCGUUUGUGAAGACUAAAAGUAAAGAGAACGGGCUACCGGUGGAAAUUCUCUUGGGGAACAGGAGAGCCUGCACCUCAUUGGAAAAAUGUCAACUCCUGGCUGAGCACUUCAAGAGCGUCUUCAACGAUUACUGCGCCUCGUCGACCCAAAUUGGUGAUGCUACUAGGGACACGCCCAGAUAUAUUUUUGAUUUGGAUAUCUUUACGAUAUCUUCAGCUUGCGUCGAAUCUGUCAUCAAAAAACUAAAAUUCUCCUUCGUUGCUGGACCCAACGGAACUCCCUCCUGUAUACUGAAAAAUUGCUACCCGGAGCUCAUUACACCGCUGUCGAAACUGUUCAAUAUUUCGUUGCAGCAGGGUGGGUUUCCUACACGUUGGAAAUUCUCAUUUAUGUUCCCGGUUUUUAAGAAAGGAGACAAGCAAAACGUCGAAAAUUAUCGAGUGAUCACAUCGCUUAAUGCAUGUUCUAAAAUUUUUGAGAUCAUAAUUAACGACGCACUAUUCUUUUGCUGCAAAGAUAACAUCUCUGUUGAUCAACACUGCUUUUAUCUAAAGAGAUCAAUCUCUACGAAUCUUGCUCCCUUCGUUUCAUUCUGCCUUAGGAGUAUGGAAGCUGGAGCGCAGGUGGAUGUUGUGUACACCGACCUCAAGGCUGCUCUUGACAGGGUUGAUUACACCAUACUGCUUGCUAAAAUCGAGAAGCUUGGUGUAUCUCCGAGACUCACUCGUUGGUUCAGGUCUUACCUUACCAAUCGAAAAAUAUGUGUACGAAUUGGAUCUGAUUUUUCGGAGAAUUUUACCAACAGCUCAGUAGUACCUCAGGGCAGCAACCUUGGACCGUUGCCGAUCUUCAUGAACGAGAUCGGAUUGAUCCUCCCAGCUGGUAAUCGAUCAUUCUAUGCGGAUGAUGUUGAAAUGUACCUGACAGUUCGAAGCGCAGCUGAUUGCUUACAGCAUCUGAUAAACACUUUUGUAGAGUGGUGCACAAGAAAUUAUCUCACACUAAGUGUUUCAAAAUGUAACGGUAUAACAUUUUACCGAAAACUCAAGCCAAUAACGUUUACAUACAUGAACGAUUUUCAACCUUUGCUACGUGUGGAAAAAAUUCGUGAUCUUGGAAUUACGCUUGACUCUGCCUUAACGUUUAAGUCGCAUUACUCGGACAUAAUUACCAGGGCUAAUAAGCAACUCGGAUUCAUGUUCAAAAUCUCCGAUGAGUUUCGCGACCCAACCUGUUUGAAAGUAUUGUUCUGCACGCUUGUUCGAUCAGUUCUGGAAUUCGGCGUGGUUGUCUGGUGUCCUUAUCACACAUUAUUGAUUGUUAGGAUUGAAUCCAUUCAAAAGAAAUCCGUCCGUUAUGCCCUGCGUAAUCUUCCGUGGAAUGAUCCAAUGAAUCUUCCACCCUACGAAGCUCGAUGUCAGUUACUUGGACUGGAAACACUUGAUUCCAGAAGAAAGGUUAGCCAGGCGAUGUUUACAGCUAAAGUGCUAUUGGGUGAAAUAGAUUGUCCUGGUGUUCUCGCUGAACUGAAUAUUUAUGCUCCUGAGAGAGUACUCCGGUCAAGAAGUUUUCUUCACCUUGGGCCCCGUUUUGCAAACUACGGUUUACAUGACCCAAUUCGCUUCCUGUCAGCACGAUUCAAUUCAUUUUAUGGAUUCUUCGAUUUCAACCUAUCUGCUGAAGCCUUUCGUCGUCGGAUUCAUCGAGGUCUACAUGAUCGAGAGUGAUUACCGGACACUUCCAACGAUGGACUAUGCCAACGUUUUGCAAUUUUUUUUAUUGAUUAUUGAUGUUUUGACCAUCAUUAUUGUUCGUUUAUAUAUAUUUUUUUUAACAAUGUUUAAUGUCAAGAUAUGGGGCUUUUACGCCACUCUGGCUUUCCCCCAUCUGUUUUCAAUAUGACAACACAAGUCAGAUGAAAUAAAUCGAGAAAUAAAUAAAUAAAUAAAUAAAUAAAUGCCACUAUUCUAAAAGUGUCCUGGAGUGGUAUGAGGCCAAUUCUGUCCAUUUUGUUCCAAAGGACAUGAACCCGCCAAACUGUCCGGAGCUGCGCCCGGUGGAGCAGUACUGGGCAAUAAUGAAGCGGGAACUUCGGAAGAGCAAGAAGACAGUCAAAGACGAGAAGGACAUGUUAAGAAAAUGGAAAAAAAAACUAAGAAACUGGUACCGGAUGACACUGUAAAGACUACGAUGGAGGGCAUCAAGCGAAAAUGCGUUCAAUUUUACACUCAAGGCUCCAUCGAUUAACUUUUCUUUUGAUUUUUGAAGUUAAUAUAUGUAUAAAACUACCCUAAAAUUUUGGUUUGAUUCUAAACAUUAUAAGAAAAUUGGCAUGACAUUUUCAGUGUCGCAAUAAUUUCGUGUUCGCCCUUUAGUCCACGCAUCAAUUUAUAAAUUGAAUUUAUGUAACAUCCCUAUUAUCAGCUAUUUGAACAAGUACUUAAAUUGAUUAGAGCGUGGCGGAGAUGUUUAGUUUUCCCCAUCAAAAUACCAAGAAAAGCUAUGAAUUUUCCUGAAACCAUCCACAUAAAACUAAUUGUUAGGUAUUUAUUUACUCAUUUGGCCAGCAUUUGUAUGACGUCGCCCCGCUGUGCACUCGGUUCCCCAGACUUAAAUUGGCAACAUGCACGGAGAAAAAAAAUCUCAUAGAAAGCUUCUUUCUAUUCAGAGAAUGUUAUCUUUUCACGGGAAAUAGCUAAGGAUUAUUUAAUCAUACUUGCAGAAUGUGCAUGAAUUCAUAGCUUAUGAGUUCACGUAAUUUUUGCAAUACAGACUAAAUUACUAGUUAAUUUCUGCGAAAAAGUGCUCUACAAAGAAAUUUUUUAGGAGGAAUAUUUUUUUCGUGCAUGAAAAGAAACGGAACGAAAGCAAUGAAUACUGUGACAACGGGUGGUAUGUUUGGACAUGAUGUUCUUGAAUUAUAAACAUCGUGUUUGUUUAUGAUGUGAGAAACGCAUGUUUAUGUUUGAGUACCAUUGUUCGUGUUUGGGGUGGGUAAACUUUUAACACUAGCGAAAAGCAUGUUCGUGUUCAAACAAAAACAUGGAAUUUUCACAUCGCGUGGACAUAUGUAAGUGUUUUUCGGAAGAUUUCAUGAGAGAGAGAAACGAAUAAUUCAUUUUGAGGGGAGUCACUGAAAAAUGCAAUGAAGUUCAUUUGACGGGGAAGAAAGAAAUGAGAUAGUCGAGUGAAGAAGCCAAAAGUCAUUUCCAAUUGAAUACGAAGUGGAAUUUCUUCAUAGUCCGCUGACUAUCUUCAGUUGAAUAUGACUAUGCCGAGCCCUGAUCUGAGCGUUCGAAUAGAAAAUGGAAAAAGAGGAAUAUCGUAUUUUGAUAAAUCAUUGUUUUUGAUGGGAAAAACUCCUGAACAAUCAAUGCAAUGGUUGACGAAAUGUUAUUCCACUUCUGCUCCUUCGAGAACAACAGUUUAUCGGUGGUUUAGUGAAUUUAAAACGGGCCAUACAAGCACCGCGCAUGCACCUCGCUCUGGAAGGCCAAAAGAGGCUACGAAUCCAGAAAUCGUAAAGUGAAGUUACGCGAGUUAGCUGGGGCCGUAGGCAUUUCAAAAGAAUACAUUUUGCACGACAUUUUGGACAUGAAAAAGCAAUCCGCGCGAUGGGUGUCGCGUUUGCUGACCGUCGACCAAAAACAGCGGCGCGUUAAUGAUUCAAAAGCCGAUUUGGCGUUGUUCAAGGGAAGGGACAAACAAUUACCGGAGAGUAUUAUUCGUUAUUGAAUAACCUGAAGGACGAAGAACAAACGGCCAUAUGGCGAAGAAAAAAGUUCAAUAUCAUUACGACAACGCACCGUCGCAUACGUCCUUUAAAGCGAUGGCCAAGUUGGACCAAUUACGAUUCCAAUUGGUUGCUCACCCACCAUAUUCUCCAGACUUGGCCCCAGAAUGAAAUUAUAGCAUCGAGCCCCAUAGCCAAAUUUCUUCAAAAAUGUUAUCUUCAUCUUAUUCAUGCAAAAUACUUAUCAAUUCAAAAACUUGAUAUAAUUUUCUCAUCAAUAGACAUAAAAUUUAGAAAAUAUCAAGUGUAAUUAAUAACUAUUUUUGCAAAUUUCAACAAUAAUACUUUCCACUAAAAUACAGUACUUCACAUUCAAUGCGACAUGCCGAGGCACGAUUCAGUGUCGCAUUGGAGGCAAAUUUGACCUGUAAUUGGACAUUGUCGAUGAGAGUGGUACAGUGUUGAUGUCUGGUGGCAACUUUUCAUGUGGGGCCAUAAUUUGGGCCCCGAAAUCGAUGUUUACAAAAAUGUCCAAUUAGAGGUAAGAAGGUCCAAUUAACACUCCUAUACUUGCGCAUAGGUUUGAGAGGCCGAGAAAAAAAAAUAUCGCAUGUAAUGGUAAGAAGGGGUCGUGUGUCAUUUCGACGUAGGACUACGUCUUACAUUAAGGGUGCCAAAUCAGAAAACAGGUCGCGUUUUUAUGAAAUGAAGUUAAUGUUAAUAACUAUUUUUGCUGUGAACGGGUUUUAAUGAUUUGCAUACCAACCGAAUUGGAAAUUUUCUAAGAUUUGUUUGAUAUGCUAUACAUUACAAUCCCAUAGUCUGUAUAUGGUUUAAAUUGAUGAAAAUUGGUAGCGUUCCCAUUUCCCCAUACAUUUGUUCUGUACAUUUGUGUGCUUUCUCGGACAGAACUGUCAAUAACAGGCAACCGCUAGAAUGCAUAACGGUGCAGCAGCUAGAAUAGAAACAGCGAAGGAGGAUAGCGAAAAGAGAAUAUUUGCGAAUUAAACUCUACCCUUGGGAUCGAGUACUUUUCUCAAGGCAAUGAGGGUGGAGGUGUAGUGCUGGAAAAGUAAAGUUUUUCAGGGGCCUUUUUCAAGGCUAGAGACGAAUGAACUGAAAAAGUUUAAAGUCUCUAUAAUUCAUUACCUGACCCUGACCCUUGCAUAGUAAGUAAGCUGUCGCUAGCGUAUAGGUAUGGCAUCUCCUCUGAGGAAAAUUCCCAGAAUCUUUAAGUGCCCGAAACAACAAAGGUUGCUUUUUCUGCGCAUUUCGUGUUCUAUGUUUCCCCUCGUGCUAGGAAUGCUAGCGAAUAUUUCACUUGAAGUGCAUCUGGCAUUGCAAUUUACACAACCAUCCAAGCCAUGGCGUAGCAGGCGAAAAAAGAGAAGAGUUCAAAUGAUUUUAGAUCGCUUCUAGCCAUCAUUGUUUGGCUUUGUGUGUGUUGCUUGUUUCGUUGCGCGAAACUCAGAACUUGUUCAUUUUCUGUACAUGUGAAUAGCACAUCUUGGAUGUUUUUAGUUGCCGAUCGUAUUUGCUCUCGUGCGCAUCGGCUCUGUUCUGAUGCAACAAGCUCCUAGCGUUGACGGGUUUGACCGAGAGUCGAGAAAUGAUUUUUUCAUAAACGGUCAUUCUCGCGAUGUUUCAUUUUUAUCGCUGCAGCUGUGUGCAUCUGUUAGACGCGUGAUUGAUGAUUGUUGAAUGGCGAUGAAUGGAAAAUACCUCUCGUUAAAUACUCAGUGCAAUGUGUGCAUUGAUACAAAAAAUUGAAAAAAAAAUUGAAAAAAAUUGCGACAUAUGACCAAUUAGCAAAGGCAAGAAAGAAUUGUUGCUUCUCGAAAUUAUUCUCCAAAACCACGCAAGCCAUUAAACCUUUUCAGGGUCUCCGGAACUUUUUACUAAACAGUUAUUUAUGAAAUUUCGACGUAUUCGUAAAUAAUAACCGAAACGAUAAACCAACAAAUUAAAAAUUAAAGAUUGCGUAGUCCUAUGUCCUAAGCAGUCGUGUUUCGGAUACAACCCCUCGAAUUUUUUAUACUUUCGGUCUGAGACUUCGGCGCGAGUAUAGGAGUAACUUUUUUGGGCAAGUGACUUGUUUUCCUAUUUUAGAAUAUUGUUCAAUGAAAUGUAUGAAUGUUAGUGGAGUGGAACAUUUAUUGAAUAUAAUGCAUAACAUCAUUACCGGACUAUUCUUAUUUGAUUUUAGUCCUUUUUAUAACCGGAUUGAACGGAUUCAUAUAUUUUCAUUGUUAUAUUCAUAGAUAGUAGAUUAUGGUUAUUUUUAAGAAUUACAGUUUCGGUAAUUUUGACGUAGGACUACGUCUAACCGGAAGAUAUAGGGGGUGAAAUGGAAAUCUAGGCACUGAACAAGUAGGAAAAAAUGCAAGAUUUGGAACGCUUAUAACUCGAGAAUUUCUCAAUAGAUCGCAAAGGUUUUUGCAUCAAUUGAUAGGAAAUAUAUCUACGCAUCUAUCAUAACGAAUAACAUUUCAUUUUUCUUGAGAUAAAUAAUUGAAUAAUUGUGAAAUAUCAAGCAUUGUCAAAAUGCACUAUGUGCCCAUUUUUGAUUGGUUCAUUUUGUGCUCCUCAAAUCGUACCGGCCAAAACGGGCAACCAGAGCAGCAGCGAAAUAGAAUGAAGCACGAUUGGAAAGGAAAAAGAAAAAAAUGAACGAAACAUUGGUCGCAGUCUCACACAUGCGUAAUUCUCUACCAGCCAGUCAGCUUAAAAAUCCCCGCUCCGCUGCCGUAACGAUCAUUCUCAUUCAAGCCGUACACCACAUCGUUUCGCAUCAGAACACAUCAACAAACCAACCCAAGCAGCCAUGUCUGGACAUGGUAAAGGAGGAAAAUGAAGGGAAAGGCAAAAUCCCGCUCGAACCGUGUUGAUCUGGAGUUCCCCGCAAGGGUAGCUAGGCCGAGCACGUUAGUACCAGUGCACCAGUCCACCUAGCCGGCGUUAUAUAGUUUCGGCCGCCGAAGUGAUCGAGUUAGCUGGCAAAGCUGCUCGCGACGAUAAGAAAACCCGCAUUCAGAACAGAACACAUUCGGUUCGGUGGACAUCAAGACAACAGGCAGUUGCAGCGAGUGGCGAGUGGCAAACGCAAUCGCAAAACGGCUUCAGUCUUUGAAAACCGUGAGAAAAUGGUUUUGGUUAUGGAGUUUGCGGCUGGCGGCGAACUGUACGACUAUCUGUCGGAGCGAAAGGUACUCUCCGAGGAGGAAGCCCGUCGUAUCUUCCGACAAGUCUCAACUGCUAUAUACUACUGUCAUAAGCACAAGAUAUGUCAUCGUGAUCUUAAGUUAGAAAACAUAUUACUAGAUGAAAAUGGCAACGCCAAGAUUGCCGAUUUUGGUUUGUCAAAUGUGUUUGACGAACAAAGACUGCUGGCAACGUUCUGUGGAUCUCCGCUGUAUGCGUCGCCGGAAAUAGUUAAAGGUACACCUUAUCUUGGACCAGAGGUAGAUUGCUGGUCUUUGGGUGUGCUGCUGUAUACUCUAGUCUAUGGCGCAAUGCCAUUCGAUGGUGCCAACUUUAAAAGGCUUGUGAAACAAAUCAGUCAAGGUGAUUACUUCGAACCGAAGAAACCCUCGCGAGCUUCUUCACUAAUCAGAGAAAUGCUGACAGUAUGCCCCCAACGGCGAGCGAAUAUUGAACAAAUUUGUAACCAUUGGUGGGUGAAUGAAGGUUACGACGAGUCAUGUUUAGAUUUAGCCGAAGAUCUCGCAAAUCAAACACCGGUACGAUUGGAUGUGCUACUGUCGUUAGCGCCGCCGUCUGUAACGGCUGAUCAAGUGGUAGUAGGAAGCGGACAAGAGGAAGCUAAGUCAAAAGAACGAAUACAGCGAAGUCAUUCGGUUGGUUCAAUAUUAGAUAUCGGAGGAACAGAAGCUGAGAGACGAAUAUUAGACAUGGUUGCCGCUGGAGGUGAAGCGGCACUUAUGCCGUCUCCAACUCGCACUAUUACUACUUUUGAGGGCAGUCCCGCCCAACCCAAGCGAAAAUUGGAGUCUACUGUUUCUACAGAAAAUGCACUUGGAGCUGUUAAGAAAAAAGAAAAGGCUGCUGAUAAACUGCAAAUGGAUAAAUCGCAACCUGUGAUCCCAGAGGUAAUGCACAUUGAGCCAAGCUCGUCAUUAAUAAUGGAAUCAAGUAAGUCUGACUCGGAACAUAUAGAACACUUGUCUGCUGCAAGUACUCCCGUUGCUGCGAGAGACGUAUUGGAAGAUCUGCAGAAUUUGGAAAAUAUGUGCGAUGAAUUGCUCCAACAAACUGCCACUCCACCUGUUACUAAAGCUCCAACACUGGAUGAAGUCCCACCAACAACUACUGAAGCUCAACCAAUCACUCCACCCACGCCAAUAGUUGAAACGUCUCCAAAAAUAAUAUCGGGUGUAAAAGCGAAAUUGGAAAAACUUGAAAAGUCUGAGAAGCAACCCGACAAAGUUGUUCCAGUCAAAAAAGUGUUCAAUAAAAAUAAGACUGCGGACCUUACUACGGCAAUUAAUCAGAUAUCAAGUCAAGACCAAGAAUUCGCACACGUCAAGUCGGCGUCUAAUUUGGAACGUAAAAAUAGUCUUCCGGAAGAAAACCUUACCAAACCUGUAGAUCGACGAAAAUCGCGAAUUCUAGAGACUGCUGAAAAAUUCCAAAACAUGAACAAUCAAAACAAUGACAAAUUCAAAAAAUACUCGCUCCCCGGGCUACCAACAGUUGGCAAUUAUAAGAAGGAAUUUGAACGUAAAGCUUCCAUGAAUAACUUGACUUCCUCUAGUUCUGCCUUCAGGCCUUCGCCAUUCGAUAUACAACGAAAAAUGGAGCUCGAGUUAUCAUCUUCUCCCGAUCGAAGCUGUCAAAGCAGCGCGACCGAUUUGCAAACACCACUAUCGCCCAGUGAUGAUCGUGAAGCCAUGUUCCAGUCUGAAGAGAUCAAAGAGAGCGAUUCGAAGGGAUCGGUUAGCAGUUUUUCACUAGAAGAAGCGCGUCGAUCUAUGGAAAACUCGAUAGCCCUUCUCAAUAAAGUACGUGACGAAAAUAAUCCUGUGGAUCAACUCUGCGCAAAGACGGAGAACGUGACUGUUUCGGAAGAAAACGAACGGGAGAGGAAAUUGAAGAAUGCACGUGAAAUAAUUGGAAAUGCUAUUCCCGUCGGGCGUCUUCGAAAACCACCAAUGCCAUUUGGAGCCAACGGUCGAUCUGCAACUGGAGGAAUCGGUCUCAAUACUUCAAGUUCGAAUAAACAAUUUCGUUUCGGUUCAGAUGUUGUCGAACCUAAACUUGAAACGAUGUCUGUACCAAGAAAAGUGUCGAUUGGAAGUAUACCCACACCACAAACAGAUGAAACUAAGACUUCGCACGCUGAAAUCACCCUCAAAUCUGCAACUUUACCGAGAAGAAAAGUUGGCAAGCCUGAUAUACACUCGGAAACCCAAGCAAAGAGCGAUUCGCAGCCUUCGAUGAUUCAAAAUCCAUCUAUGCGAUUCUCCACCGAAAUGCAACACCAAGUACCCGAUCUUCGCAGUGCCCCUAUCCGGGAACAUCCAAUUUCAUUCACUGUGCCAACGCAUCGUGCCAACAGCCUGGAGCCACAGGUUAAAGAACACACCAUCCCAAUACAGAAGCCUCCGACAUACCAUCGGACACCGUCGAGUACAUUGGGAUCAGUACGUGGCUCACUAUCACGUCAAUCCACGAAUGAGUCAAACGAUUCGGAUACGACACUCUCCCAAAGCACGAUGCCUCCAUUACCCAACAGUAGCAGCUCUACUAUGCCAAUCAAGAAAAGUCCACGUGAAUUCAUUAUUCCUAUUGCCGUUGAAGGGGGCGGUUUCGUUACACCACGAGCCAACAGUCUCGAACCAUCGGAGUCCAAUGUUACGACUUCAUCCGCUGGAUUCAGUACUAAGUCACGACUGGCUCGUCCGCGCAAAAUUGGAUCAUUACUAAAUGAGAAAGAGGUGGGCGAAGAAUUGCCAUACGCUACUAGACUCAAUCGACACACCUCAUUAGGGCGAGAAAGUGACUCUGAAGAGCCACGUUUCCACACAAUGCAUCGACUAAGGAGUUCGCGUCCAUCGCAGCGUAGCACUGUUGAACCUAAUGAUUCAGCAAGUUCCGGAGAAGAAGAUGACGAUGAUGGUUUUGAAAUUUUGACCGCCGAAAAUCUAUUCUCCACACUGUUAUCAAGGGUUCGAGCGUUAACAAGUCGUCUCAAUGUAAACGAUCAUAAUACGUCCGGGUUCCCUUCGCCACGAUUCAUGAGCAAUUUGAGGCAAACCCAGGCACCAUUUUGGCAUCAUCAGGAUCCAUUCUCAAGCCCGCAAUAUACAUAUUUAUGUAGGAACGAAACUGUUGAAUCGAACGUGGUCCGGCUGAAUGGCGAAAACUCAAGCUCGUGGCGCCACAGUAUGUCUCGUGAUCUCAGCUCGGAUAUUGAUUCCAUGUUCUCACGUUCAGGAGCAACACUUCCUCGAGGUUCUAAAUACCAAUUCCAAACCAAAAACAAUUGCAACAAUGACAGAUCGGAUGGUUAUAAUAAUAAUAAUGGCAAUAAUAAUAAUCAGUCGUCCGCAUCUUUCCAAAGUCGAAGUUGUUCAUUCAAUGAAGCAGAAUGUUCUGCGGAUCACGGAAACGGCAGAGAUUGCAAUUGUACUUCGAUCAAUAACAACUGCUCCAAUCACCAUCAAUACAGUGAAGAUGUGUUAGAUUUGGGAGAUUUAGAUUUAUCCCAGUUACGCCUUUCAAAAAAAGAUUUGGAAGCACUCUCGAGUAUCACACCAACUCUCCCACAGCAAGUACAAGAGCAGCUAUUAGCUCAAUUGCCACCCCAACAAGCGAGAAAACUCUCCAGAACACUGUCGAUGCAAAACGGCAGCAAUAACGCGACACCUGCGUUUGAAUAUAAGAGAAGUCUUAGUAGCAGUCUAAGCCGCACAUCGGAUAUUGAUACCUAUCAGGCAUACAACACCAGGGACACUUAUACGCCUACGAAUGAGCACUUCGAAAACACCUCACAUCAACAGAAGACAAGAUUGUCAUGCAAGUCUGAUCAUAGUUCACAAAGUUCCAGCUACUCAAGAGAUAUUAUGUCCCCACCUCCUCUUCCACCACCGAAUUUCAGCGAUGAUUAUGAGACAACUUCGUCUCGUUUUCCAUACGCGAACGUGAGUCAAGAGCGUUAUAGAUCCUACGAUAAGUACAGACCAUAUUCAUCGAGUUUAAAUAGCUAUUCAGAUCAUGAGCGUAAAAAGCUGCUGGAUUACGAGACCCUGAGAACUUCAUGCGUGAGCCCUACGAAUGAUACGUCUAGAAGACCACCAAGUGGUUGCACCUCACCUCCCCCAAUUUACGCCUCCUCUGGCUACUCUAGUCAGCAGCCAUCUAGACGCAUCUCCAGAUUUCUACGUCCGGAUUUUUUCGAUCCACCGAAAGACUGCUGUGAUCAGAACAUAAGACAUAAGAAGGAGGAAGAAACUCAAAAAAUUCUAAAAGAAAUACGUGAUAAGAGUCGUGAAAAAAGUGUUGAUCGUAGUCACAGUUCCGAAUAUUAUGACAAAAAUUCAGAUCGUUUGAAUUAUUUCAUGGAAAAAUAUCGCAGAGAUUACCCAGCCGAUAAUAAUAAGCAGCUUCGUAGUGGAAGUUACGAUAGCAGAAAAUAUUCUCGCGAUACUUUUGAGACGCGUAAUCGACGUAGCAUUUCUAGACCUCGAGAAACAGUCGAUGCAGACGUUUCGGGUUUUGACCAGAUAACAAGUUCGUCGGCAGAUACCAGUAUCGCUGACCUACAAAGCUCACUAAUCGCCCAAAAUAGUACACAAGAACGAGGGCAAACACAAUAUGAAGCAAAGACAAUGUCUACUGAGAACUCGAUACCAGAACUUACAGAACGAGACUCUAUUACAGCCUGCUCGGAAUGUAACAGUUUUACAACAAAGUUGUCCGAACCAACAAUAUCCGACGGUGUUAAUAGCGGUGUAGCUCCAGAAGAACCCACAACGGAACCCAUAGUAGUCACUAAAACCGUGAAAGUGAAAAAAGUGAAAACAAAGCCUAAGCUAGAUGCCGAUGGCAAUCCAAUUACUGUUGUUGUAAGAAAGGUAAAAAAAAUAAUCCCAAAUACGAAUACAGUUGAUGGCGACAGAGGCAUAAGUGAAAUGUCCGACGUAACGAAAAAGGAAUCUAAAUUAGUCAGACCGAAGUCCUACCCUUCGAAGACCCCUGAAACAUCAAACUCAACUCAGACGCAGAAUACAUUGGAAUUGAUACACUGUGAAGUUAAUAAAACAACUGAUUCGACGGCUGACGUUUUGACUCAAAACAUAUCAAGCACUACCUUGGCUCCAAGUAAGAUAGCCAGACCACAGAGUUUCCCUAGCGCAGCGGUAACUCCCCCUAAGGAAGUCAAAGUAUUGAAAAAUAUUUGCGAAAGCCCAGACUCGACUGCAAUGACGGGUAAUUCGUGCGACGAAAAAUCUAAGGAGACAUCCACAUUCAAUAACUCUGUUGAAAAAUGUUCAAGCAAGAUAAAUACAGUGAAAGAGGAAACUUCGUUAACCGAAACUAUACCAACGACAGCGGAAACAACCUCAGCUUCCGGAACUACCAAAAAAGUCCGUAAAGUUAUUCGCAUCGUUAAAAAAUCUGCUGCUACUACUGAUAGUAACAAUUCGACUAAACCUAAAGUUACCGAAAAAGUUGUUAAGGAACCAGUACCAGCUAAAACUAUUGUAAAAGUAAAGGAAGAACCAAAAGACAAAAAAGAAAAACAUGUUGAAAUAAUCACACCUGCAUUAUCGGAAAAGCAACAACGAGAAAAGUCUAAAUCACCCGAAAAGAAAGUUAAACAAGGAUUCCUCGCGAGUAUUGGUCAGAAAUUCGAAAAAUUCAGAGAAACAAGCAAAACUAUGAAGGAGAAAAAGGUGUCUCCUGACUGUAAGAUUGAGAAUGCAUCUAAAAGUGUGUCGAUAGAAACUAAUGACAGCAGAUCGGACAAAGAAAUGAAGAGCCACAUUAUAUCGAAUUCUGUCGCUCCCAUCGAUGACGCUACUUGCAAUGAUGAUAAAGGCAACCCCAAAUCGAGAAUAGACAAAGUGAUACGGAAUUUACGGGAAUUGUCGGUACCAAGAGCACCAGUUCUUACGGAAUCUAAUCUCAUUAAACGUGCUGUCAGUGUAGAGGAAAUGCCAAACACAUUCAAUAAACGCAGUGUUAAUAAGGUACUAGGGUUUUUUAAGAAAAUUGAGAAAGAUAACAAAAUUAAUACGGUUUUUAACACAAAGUCGUCUAGCCACAUCAACACAUUGGAUACAUCGGCAACGUUAAAUGCACUGGAGUCUGCCCUUGCCGAAAGGGAUAACAAGGCAGUGAAAACGGAGAGUCAAGGGAAAGAUAAACCAAAAGCUAGUGGCUUCGUUAGUAAAAUUCGCAAACCAUACAGCGGAGCGAAGAGUGAUACAGUGCUCACUAUGACUGAACAGCAGAGUAAGUCCAAUGAAGCGGUAUCUAAAAAGCGAAAUGGUGUUCACCAGACGCAUAUUCCGGUUAAGUAUGGCUGUCCGGACUGUAACAUAAAUGAAUCUAACAAAGACAUACUAAAAAGGCAUUCCUCUGCAUUACCUGACGCUAAGAAUCCCUCCAACGACGAGAAAGAAAGCGUCAAAACCAAUCGCCGAGCCCUGACACUGGACUUUAGUAAGCUCAGCGAUGGGCGCCAAAUUCAAAGCAAUAACAACAACUAUAGUUAUCCGCCCCCACUACCUAGUGAAAUAUUGCACAAUAGCAAUCCAAUCACUACCAACCGAAAAGCCAACACAAUUGCUAUCAGCAACAACAACAACAACAACACAAUGAACACAAACAUGUUUACACCUUCCUACGACAGCAUCACCAACUAUUCUUCAGGAUCAAGAAGUAGUCCAUACGACGAUUGCAACUCUUCCAGCACAUUCAUGUCUCCGUCAGACGAGCGUGAACUCUACUUUGACAACUGGUCGAUCUGUUCAGAUGACCAUAACAACAUGCUUCAUGCUUCGCCUACAGUUUCACGAGUGUCCAGGCUAACUUAUAUAAACUCUGUCUCUCCGGUAGAUAACGAUUCCGAAAGUGUAAUCGAACGGAUACGUCGGAAAAGUUUUUAUAACCGUUUCAAUGAGAACAAGUCGAAAAGGGCUAGCACAAUCGUAGCAGGAUCUGGUUCUUCAAUGGAAUACUACCGUGAUCAAUCUCUUUUCAGAGGUGGACUAUCAUCUGCUCGAUUGAAGGAGUACGGUAAGUCUUCGUCAUCGAUGGUAGCGAGCACCCUGGCUAGUAUUGAUCUAUCCAAGAACAGCUACGAUUGCUAUCGCUCACUUGCCAGAACGUCAAGCAUAAGGAAGAACAAGUAUGCAGAACCUAACGAUGAUUACUCGAAAACAAUGCUAAGUAAUAGUGACAACUACCACCAUCACCACCAUCAUCAUCAUUACUAUCAUUCCUUGUCUAACUCGUCACGGAAGCUAAAUUGUCCCAGUACUGAUUCUUCUGAUAAUCAAAAUUAUAACACACUUAGUAAAUCCAAAACAAGAAGUACAUACUACGAAAAGUCUUCGUCACCUUACUAUGCUACAUACAAUCCGAGACGGCGAUCUUCGUUUACCAGUCAAGGUACGGGUGCUAAUCUAACUUCAUCCUCUUCAUCAAUAGCCCUAGAGUCUGCCAAUGCAGGCACGGAAACCCGUGGUUCCUCGAAGGCAGCAGCAGCAACAGCUUCCGGAUCGGCAACUACAUCUUCAUCGUCUACCACACUGUCAGCAUCGGAAGGCAGUGGAUCGCGCAAACUUCGACCGUAUGACAACAGAAGUAUUUCAAUGCUGAAUUCCUCCUCAAUGAAAGACUCGCGUUAUGGCGGGUAUGACACUGUCGGACUCAACAGGAAUGGUCCCCUGAGAAACUCGUCAAUACCUCGGAACCCCACCAACGUAUGAUCAUCAAUGUACGAUGACAGCGAUUAUACCUUCUAGCGAUAAGAGAUAGAGCAUUUUAACUUUGAAUAAGUGAAUUUACUUUCCAGUGCCAAAAGUGAAGCGAGAACAACGAUUGGAACUAUUAAACUUAUGAAAGAGAGAGAUAAACAAGACAGCGAGGUUUUUGUAUAUUUAUUAAAGUUUUAACCAAACCUGUUUUUUAGAAAGAGAACGGAAAAUAAUCUAGCGAAUCAAUAUUGGCAAAAUUAGAGUUUUAGCAUAAUACGUUGUAUUAAAGUACCAAUUUAGAGCAAAUAUAGUAAUCAACAUCUAGCAUGUGAAUUUGUCAAUACCGAAACGUUUUUCCCCACAUGAAUACACGCAAUAAAAAGGACAGUUUAUACUGCUCCGCAAUUAGAUUUGCCAUCAGAGAUCGAGACAGGAUGACAUGGUUGCAUAGUAAUUAAAUGUUCCCAUACAAAAUCUGAAUUGACAUAGAAAAGAAUGAUGCAAAUUCGUUAUACGAUUUGUAGGAAAAAAGGUUCAUUGACCUUUCAAUUUAUCUCUGACUACAAUGAUAAAAUGUAUCCCUCGCUCCGAACUAAACCUUCCCGAAUGAGACGUUUUCCUAUUGAAGAAAUGAUUUUUAUUGUUUAUAUAUCACCAGUUAUCUAAUUACUGUAAGUGUCUGUAAAUAUAGA